CUGCUGCUUUGAUUUAUGGCUCUCUUGCAAAUGAAAGCACAAUGAUGCUGGUUUGACAGAACAAAAAAAUUAUCCCAGACCACUGCUAAUUUCAGAGGUUGGUUUUAUCAGUCAGUUAACACAUUAACAAUUUUUUGAGUAAGAAAUUCUUAAGGCACAAAGUUAAUCUCUUGAAUCAUAAUUUAUAUUACAGGUUUGUGUUGAACGUAAAACCUUCAUCUUGUUUCAAGCUGUGAAUAUGUUUUCUUUAAACAUUUCCUUGACUGUACUGUUAGGUACUGUUGCAGUAAUUACUUCUGAUGGAAGAAUGAUUGUGGGAACCCUCAAAGGUUUUGAUCAGACCAUCAACUUGAUUUUGGAUGAAAGCCAUGAACGAGUGUUCAGUUCUUCACAAGGAGUUGAACAAGUAGUAUUGGGAUUGUACAUUGUUAGAGGAGAUAAUGUGUAAGUAUAGCUUAUUCUUUUCUAAUCCAAUCAAAUCAGAAUUAGUUAAAAAUGUUUAAAGCUGUAAUGAUGCAAGAUGUCAGAUUAAUAAACCUGAA